AUGAUUUGGUGGACGAGCACUAGAAGUAAAGUAAGAGGACCUGGGGAAAAUCCUGCAGCUUGCAUAUUUUUUGACCUCUCCUGUCAGAAUUAUGACAUAAAUGAGCUCAGUGAUAUUUCUCAUACGCAUAAGAAAGAAAAGGAUCUCUUGUAUGAAAAUUGCAUGUUGCAGGAAGAAAUUGCCUUGCUGAGACUGGAAAUAGAUACAAUAACAAAUCAGAAUCAGCAAAAGGAGAAGAAAUAUUUUGAGGACAUUGAAGUUGUGAAAGAAAAUAAUGAUAACCUUCAAAAAAUUAUUAAACUAAAUGAGGAAACAUUAACAAAAACAAUAGUUCAGUACAGUGGACAACUGAACGAUUUGGCAGCUGAGAACAAAAUACUCAAUUCUGAACUGGAGAAUGAAAAACAAAACCAAGAAAGACUGGAAAUAGAAAUGGAAUCAUACCAUUGUAGACUGGCUGCUGCCCUUCGUGAUUGUGAUCAAAGUCAGACACAAAGAGACCUAAACCUUCAUUUCCAGAGAAUAAGACAAGAGUGGAUUGAUUUACAGGACAAAAUGAAGGCUGAUAUGUCUGACCACCUACAAGCUACGAAUGAGAUUCUUUCUGAAAAACUUUCUAAUGUUGAAAAUAAAAUCAACAGCCUACAGAUUCAGCUCCAUAACACAACAGAUGCUGUUGAAGAAAAGAAUUUGACUUUGGAAGGUGUGCGAAGAGACCUCAGCCAAACACAGUGUCAGAAGAAAGAAAUUGAACAAAUGUACCAAACUGAACAAAGCAAACUGAAGAAAUCCAUUGCAAAGCAGGAAUCUGUAGAGGAGAGAUUAUUUCAACUACAAAAUGAAAAUACAUUGCUUCGACAGCAACUGGAUGAUGCUCACAAGAAAGUGAACAGACAAGAAAAGACAAUCAGUACUCUCCAUGACCAGUUUCAGGCUGUUGCCAGAAAUCUUCGAGCUGAGAGUGAAAAGCAGAGUCUUCCACUACAAGAGAAGAGCAAGGAAUUGCUGGAUAAAUGUAAUUAUUUUAAAAAAAGCAUGGAUCAAUGUGAGAAAGAGAAACCAGGAAGAAAAGUAGUUAUGAGACACCUCAAACUAGAAUGGACUGAUCCCCUAAAACAACAACCUACAGCAGAGGCUACAUCAUUUAAUUUAGAUAAGACACAGGAUUCAAAGAAGAAAUCGGGUCAAAUCAGCAGUGAAGUAUGUAUGAAACCUAACAUGUCUACAGUUAAUCUAUAGGUGGUGAAAUAGUGUCAAAUGUUUUAGGAUACUAACUGAAGUGGAUAGCUUUCUUUUGUAUUUUUAUUAUAAUUUGUUUUAUAAUUUUAUUAUCUUUAUAAUGCACUUGUUUCUUAACCUCUGGCUUUCAUUCUGUCCUUUUCUCCUGAUAAGUACAUAUAUUUUGAAAAUAAGGAUCAUUUCCAAAGAUCCUUAGGAAAGCUGGGAAUUAUUAGUAUUCCUCACAGAAGUUGAGAGGCUUUUUUUUUUUUUU